UGUCAUGAUCAUCAAAACUUUGCCCUUCAUCUGCUGUUUCUGAGUUCACCUGUCACUUGCUUUGUUGUCAAUUGUCAUUCAGUGUUUUGAAAACAAAGAAAAAUGGGAAAAAUUUUCCUUCACCAUAUUGGUGGGACGCGCUUAUUUUCAUGUGCAACUUGCGAUGUGAAUCUCACCAAUCGUGCGGAGUUAAUCAGCACCAGAUUUACUGGAGCAACUGGUAGGGCGUUUCUUUUUCACAAAGUAGUGAACCUUGUCUACUCUGAGGUGCAGGACCGCGUGAUGCUGACGGGGCGGCACAUGGUGCGUGAUGUCUCCUGCAAGAACUGUACCAACAAGCUUGGUUGGGUCUAUGAAUUUGCUACUGAAGAAAAUCAACGAUACAAGGAGGGCCGUGUUAUAUUGGAGCGGGCACUGGUCACUGAAAGUGAUGGCAUUGAGGAAAUUCAAGUGAACAAUGAUGAUUGAUACUGUAGCAAUUGCACUGCAGAAAAUAUUGUUUUUCACUAUGUAGCCUUACAUUGUCAAUGAUAAUUGGCAACAAAAAGCAAUAUCUGAAUAGAAUAUUUUUUUUUAAUAUUUAUAUAUUUGCAAGAUAUAGUGAAAAAAUAUUUAGAGCUUAAAUCAUUGAUUUUAUCUAUUAAUAAAAAUGAUACAACUAUAUUUGGUAUUUCAGCCCUGGUUUGAAAUAUUUAAAUACAUAUAACAAAAUCAUA